AUGGCCCAGCCCACGCGUCUAGACAACAAGACAGCCAUCGUCACGGGUUCAGCCAAUGGCAUAGGCGCAGAAACAGUCCGUCUCUACAACUCCCUCGGCGCAAACGUGGUCAUUGCAGACCUUUCUUCAUCCCGUGACGCGGCCGAAACACUCAUCCAAAGCCUCAAAGACCCUAGUCGUGCGUCUUUUAUCUCGGUAAACAUCACAGUAUGGAAGGAAAUUUCGACGUUAUUCGACCAGACCAAGCGCCAGUUCGGGCAGAUUGACAUUGUCAUCGCCAAUGCAGGGAUCAUGGAGAGUCGAAGCUUCUACGACUUCGAAACGGCCGACGACGGGUCGUUGAGAGAAGACGACGACGUCCAUCGCGUCAUCGACGUCAACCUAAAGGGCACGAUGAACACUCUUCGCCUGGCCAUGUUCCACAUGAGAUCGAACCCUGUCGAUCGGACUGGAUUUCGGGGCUCGAUAGUCCUCGUGUCCUCGACGUCGGGCUUCUUCGGGAGCACAGCCGUGGUGUCAUACAUAGCGUCGAAGCACGGCGUUGUAGGACUCCUGCGCUCGUCGCAAACCGCAGCAAGAAAGUAUGGCGUGCGUGUGAAUGGCGUGGCACCUUUCAUCACGCCAACGUUCAUCACCGAGGGCUAUUCUCAGUCGUACGCCGCGACGGGAUUGCCUCUGAAUCAGCCCGAAGAUGUGGUGGCGGGAGCGAUUGUGAAGACGUCCGUGGAUUCCGAGAGUCAGGGACGGUGUUUCUUGGUUUAUCGUGGAAAGACCAAGGAGGUCGAGGAGGCUCGAAACGCCGCAAUUGCUUCGUACAUGGGGGAGGAAAUCAAGACCGCCAUGGACGGGGCAAAGAAAUUCUUUGACGAAAUCGGCGGCUACCCAUUGCCGAGAGCUAGAGCGUGA